AUGGCUUCUAACGAUCCUGGCCUUGCACAAUUGGGCGCAGAGGCCAACGAACCUAUCAAAGGAGCAGUCCUUGAAUCAGUUGACCUCGAAGAAGCCGAGUGUCCAGUAGCUCCUGACCAGCUAGACGAACGCUAUGAAACUUCGCGCUGGGAGAUUUGGUCAUGGUACUUGUACUAUGUUGGAGCAAACGGAUUGUCUCUCUUCAAUUUUGGCCCCACUGCCUUCCAAAACUUGCUAUAUCAGCAAGCCGGAGACAGCGAGAUCUUGCACUUUAUGGGAUUGGAUCGCACUAUCAACUCCAUCGUUCUUCUCAGCAACGGAAUAUCAUUCGCCAUACAGGUUGUGUUGUUCUUGAUCAUAGGAGCUUACGCAGACUUUGGUACCCUUCGUUCCAAGAUUUUGAUCGUACUCUCUAUCGUCGCCUACGCUAUUGGUUUUGGAUGGCUCGGUGUACACACAGCAGACAAGUGGCAGAUCGGAACGGGCUUGUAUAUUGUUGGUUUGAUCGCUUAUCAGGCCACGCUUACAUACUGGAGUGCUGCCUUUGCUGGCCUGGCCAGAAACACCAGGGAAAUCCGAGAAAAGGCACAAGAUUUCGCAGAUGGUACCAUUACCCGCGAAGAGUACAAUCAUGCAGACAGCAUGAAAAGAAACGAGCUAAGCAAUGUUGCUUUUUACGUACAAUCCUGUGGUGAAAUGAUCAUUCUUGCCGUUAUCGUUGGAAUCAUGUUCGCAAUGCAUGUAGAUGAUUCCACCGCAAACAAUAACUACGGCUUGUCUGUCUUGAUCGCCUUCAGCAGUGGCGUAUGGCUGCUUCUCUCGCUACCGUGGUUCUUCAUGGAGAAGAAACGACCCGGCAUGCAAACUGAGGGGUCAAUCUUGAUAGCUGGCGUUUCUCAACUCUGGUACGCCGUCACACAGAUCUGGCAACUUCGACAAUCAUUCUGUUACCUUAUUGGAUAUUUCUUGCUAGGAGACUCAUUGAACACAAUUGUGACGGUCAUUGGCACUCUACAAAACGCCGUAGUCACUUACAACACGCUUGAGUUGACAUACCUUCUGCUCGUCGGUAUUGCCGCUCAAGCUCUAGGAAUCGGUGCAUUUUGGUACAUACAAAAGCGCUAUGGACUGUCUACAAAGACCAUGUUCAACGCUGUUGCGAUCGGAAUCAUUUUGCUAGCCGCGUGGGGCAUGAUUGGCAUCUACACGCAGAAACUUGGAUACAAGGUCAAGAUUGAGUUCUGGUUCUAUCAAGUCUUCUACGGCAUCUUCGUUUGCCCUUGGUACUCUUAUUCUCUGGUGAUGAUCUCGGAGGUUACUCCUCGAGGCAAAGAGUAUCUAUUCUUCUCUCUGUUCUCCAUGGUCGGCAAAACAUCAGCAUUUAUCGGUCCUCUGGUGUCGUCGGCAAUCAUCGAUGCGAGUCCCUCACACAACAACAGUACACCCUUCUACUUCUUGCUUGCGCUCAGCUUGGUCAGUUUUUUGUUCAUAUUCUUCUUUGUUGACCUGAGCAAGAGCCAAGAUGAGCAGGCAGAAUUCUUGCGCAAGGAGAAAGAGGCUCGCGGCAAGGCUGUCUAG